CUAGUCGCGGUUAACGUGCCUUGCGGUUGCCAGGAGAGACGCGCGUACAGUUGGCUAUAGUGUACAGCUGUAACGCCAGAGCGGUAAGGGCUCUCCCCCGCCAUUUCAUCUUGUCAAGCCCUGGAAUGUCGAGUAGCGGCUCGGGCUCUUCCUCGCGGAAGGAGUUCGAUGUGAAGCAGAUCCUCAGGAUCCGAUGGAGGUGGUUCGGUCACCCCGCUGUCCCUCCGCCUCAAUCUCCGCCGCUUGGAGACUACUUCGCUGGGAGGAGAGCCGGCGGUAUCUCCACAGACGGACCUUCAGUAAGCGGCUGUAGCACCUCGAAUUCAGCCAGCGCAAACCCCAGCGUCGGGGGUCACAGCGGGCUGGUCGCGAGCGGCAGCGCGGGUUCUAACCUGUGUAACGGCAGCAACAGAAAGUUUGCUGAUCCGGCGGGGAGUCGGGGUGGUGGAGCGGCAGUUGGAGCAACGGGGAGCUCCUGUCCCCGCUCCUUUAGCCAGCCAGAGUGCAGAAGCCCCGCCGCGGCGUUGUCGUGGGUCUCCCCGCCGCUUCAUCGUCGCUCUCAUCCGGCGACGGGCAUGGAUGCCCCUGGCGAUGCCCCGGUGCCCCACCUGGAACCCGAGCCAUUCGCUUACGUCGGGGUUGAGGAGGAGGCGGUGGCACCUUCAGCGUCGGGCACCGAGGACAACAACAACCACCCGGAAACCGACUCCAGCUCCUGCAGGACGUCUAAUAGCAGUGCCACACUGUCCUCAUGUGUUUCGAUGGAGCCAUGUGCAUGUCCAGAGGAGUGUAUGUUCACCGCUCUGUCCCACGCCGACGUCACCUUCCGUAAGAUGGAGGGCUACCUGAGGUCCCGACAGCUAUGUGAUGUCAUACUGGUGGCUGGAGACAGGCGGAUACCUGCACACAGACUUGUCCUCUCAUCUGUGUCGGACUACUUUGCGGCCAUGUUCACCAGUGAUGUGAAGGAGGCCAAGCAGGAUGAGGUGAAGAUGGAAGGAGUGGACCCUGAUGCCUUGUGGGUACUUGUGCAGUAUGCAUACACAGGCCGUCUUGAGUUAAGGGAGGACACCAUUGAGUCUGUGCUGUCAGCCUCCUGCCUACUGCAGUUGUCAUCCGUGGUUCAGGCCUGCUGUUCGUUCCUCAUGAAGCAGCUGCACCCUUCCAACUGUCUGGGUAUCCGCUCCUAUGCCGACGCUCAGGGCUGCAAUGACCUGCAGAGGGCCGCUCAUGCCUACACCAUGGAACACUUUUUAGAGGUGAUGGGAUGCCAGGAGUUCCUGUUGCUUCCUGUGGAGGAGAUGGAAAGGCUGAUCACGUCUGAUGACGUUAACGUGCCAGAUGAGGAAACCGUGGUAACCUCUUUGCUAACAUGGGUCCUUCAUGACACAAACAUGCGACAACAUCACCUACCCUUGCUGCUGGCUCACAUACGACUGCCACUGCUGCAGACACAGUUCUUGGCAGACUUGGAGUCCAACCCUCUUCUCCGGGACAGUAUGGAGUGCCAGCGGCUGUUGAUGGAAGGGAUGAAGUAUCAACUCUUGCCUCAGCGUCAGCCCCAACUUCAGAGUCCCCGCACCCGGCCCCGCAAGGCAACUGUUGGGGCCAUGUUUGCCGUGGGGGGCAUGGACGCUACAAAAGGUGCUACCAGUAUCGAGCAGUACUGUUUGCGUCGAGACACGUGGAGGCAGGUAGCCACCAUGAGUGGACGGAGACUACAGUUUGGUGUAGCCGUCCUUGAUGGCCGUCUCUAUGUCGUCGGCGGCCGCGAUGGACUCAAGACCCUAAACACUGUGGAGUGUUACAACCCACACAGCAAGUCCUGGAGUGUUAUGCCUCCCAUGUCCACCCACAGGCAUGGCUUAGGCGUAGCUGUCCUAGAGGGGCCCAUGUACGCAGUAGGAGGACAUGAUGGCUGGAGCUACCUCAGCACAGUGGAAAGGUGGGACCCCCAAGCUCGCCAGUGGAGCUUUGUUGCAAGUAUGGCUACACCAAGAAGCACAGCGGGAGUAGCUGUUCUCAAUGGCAAGCUGUAUGCAGUAGGAGGACGUGACGGCUCAUCUUGCCUGCGUUCAGUGGAGUGUUUUGACCCCCACACCAACAGGUGGAAUGGUUGUGCUCCUAUGGCUAAAAGACGUGGAGGUGUGGGUGUGGCCACAUGGCAUGGCUUCCUGUACGCCAUCGGCGGUCAUGAUGCUCCGGCCUCGUCCCUCGCAUCUCGGCUAAGUGAUUGUGUGGAAAGGUAUGACCCUCAGACAGAUGUGUGGACGGCUGUUGCCCCCAUGAGCAUCAGCAGAGAUGCCGUUGGGGUUUGUCUCCUUGGUGACCGCCUCUACGCUGUGGGCGGUUAUAACGGGCAGGUGUAUCUCAAUGCUGUAGAAGCCUACGACCCUCAGACAAACGAGUGGACACAGGUUGCACCUCUGUGUCUGGGCAGGGCAGGAGCAUGUGUGGUGGCCGUCAGACUGUGAAAACUCUGUGAAAAGACUGUGAAAACACCAACAUCGGAUAUGGCAAACAUGCUGACAUGGUCACUGAAGUUACACCAAGAAACAGCCUGCCAGCUGUGAUCAACAAUGGGAAGUGAGAAACUGAUUACUAAACACACUUGGGGUUUUACACUUUGGCAAAGUCAGAUUUAACACUCCUGAACGACUUCCAUUAUUCAUCUUAAUGUUCAUGGUUCGGUUAGGGUUAUCAUGUGUCAGGUUUCUGAUAAAUUUUCCAUAUAUGAACAUCCUGAGAACUUCACCCACAGUAGUGAAAUAACCCUGACAUAAUGAAGAGGAAUUUGCAGUGUUUAUCUAUGCAUGAUAGAACACCUUUAUCUCAGCUUUCUUUUCUUAACAAUUAUUUAGUUCCAGUAGACAAGGUAGGACAGACACACACCUACAUGCUUGCUUUCAGCUUCUAUUUCUGCUUUUAGAAAGGAGAGAGAGACAGAGAGACAGAUUUUUGAGGUGCCUCAUCAUUUUACGCUCUCGAUGCUCCAAACAAUAUCUGAGCUGUAUUGAUGCUAUUAUAAUAUAUGCCCUAUUAUUUUAGGAUGCAGUUAGCGAGUUGUUCUCCUCUUCUUUUUUUUUCCCCUUUCUCGCCCGCUGGCAGAUGAAAGAAAGACUUUUGACAGCAUAACCUGCUGAACAGCCAUACUGUAAGAAACUGUGCUGUGCUUUAUUCUUUUCAGUCAAAAACACAUCAUCAUGCUUUUAUCUAAUGUUUCUGUGUAUGUCUUCCAUAUUACAUCAGUUCACAUCUGAAGCAUAGAGUAUACUGUUAUGUGUAAUUUAUUGUAGCCUUUUUAAGCUACAGUGACAAAUUAUCCAACUGUUUGCCUUUUUUUAGUUUUUUACGUUUUUCAUUUUGCAAGUCUUCAAAUAAUUGUGGUUCUUACUGUAAGCACUGCUAUUAGGUUUAUAACCAGAGUAAUAAUAAUUACAGUAACUGUGGCUCUUUUUUGAUCCCUGUAGGGAAAUUUUCUUUUCCAAUUUCCCACAGUGCACAUGGUCAGCUAUUUACAGGCUUGGUUUUAUACAGGGUCAGUUGAGCUUUUCUGUCCUACCUCCCUUUUCUCCACUAUAGCUAUUUCCUAAGUGUGUGUGUGUGUGUGCUCCACAUCUUCAAUUUCCUGCUGCUUUCUCUUUAUCCCCAUUUCCCAGUUCAUCACUACACACACACCAUGUUUUAGAGCAGAAUUGGAUGCUCAGAAACAGACCAUUUAAUGAGGCCGUGAAUUUAAUAACGUUGAGCUAGUGCCGACGUUUCGUUUGAUGUUGAGUUCAAAGCGUUUAUUAGAUUUGAUGCCGCUGCAAACAAAGUAUGAGACAUUGGUGGACAAUGAAUCCCUUGAUACAACCUUAAUGUGUUCAAAUUUGUAUACUUGUUUCAGAAAACUUACAUGUUAAGAAACCUCAAGAAUACAAAAAAUGUUGACUGCAGGGUCAAUACUGUCAUGCCAAGAUGAUGUCAUGCUGCCUACCUAAUUGUGUAUUUCUCCUGUGUAGCUCAAUCAGGUGUGUGUGCGUGCGUGUGUGCGUGUGUGCAUUUGUGCGUGCGUGCGGUUGCGGUGUACAGAAAGCAAACUCCCAACAGUGAGAGGCAAAGCAGGCAUCCUGUUUGAACUGACAGAACUAGAGCUAAUGUAGCCCCCAGGAUGCACACACACACACACACACACACACACAACACACACACACACACACACACACACACACACACACCACACACAAACAAGACACACUUAACCAAACAGCUGAAAGCCAAGUGCCCCAGGAGCCAGUAAAGAUUGAAAAGCCUCCCAGAUUUGCCGGCAUGACAUCUAAAAAGCAGAGACGGUGCAGGCUAGCGAUUCCCCACAGCUUAGCCGAUGUUUAUUCAAGUCUAAUGCACUGCUGCAUUAUUCUAUUUUCUUCCCCUACAAACCUGCCCACUGUUUAUUCAAAGAGCAAUUCUCUUUAGGUCAGAGCAGAAGUAGUGUGUCACUUCCACUGUGUAGAGGUAGUGAGAGAGUUUAAGUUCAGUCAGAGGUUAAAAAUAAAGACAGACAUUCCAAGUCAAACUAUAUAUUUUGUGUAUAUUAUGUACAUAAAUAUCUAUAAAAUAUUUAUGUAGUCUUAUUGCAUUUUGUUGUAUAUUAUACAGUGCCCUCUAAAUCUACCAUGUGUUAUUGUGCAUUUCUUUUUGUACCAUGAAUUAAAAAUAAAGCAGCGAUGUAAUAAAAUGAUGGUUGGUGAGAAAUGGUACAGCUGCUCAUCUCCUCUUUUUGUACCUAAAUAUUACACCUCCUCUUUUACAAUAUGAUGUAUGUCAAUAUAUGCUGCUGUAAUAUUCUGUUAUUGGUCUUUUAUACAUUAAAGUCAAGAUGUGAUUU